AUGUGUAUCGAUUUAAAUUUUUUUUUUAUAAUCUCCUAUAAUAAAAAUAUAAUAAAAUCUAUCUAUCUAUCUAUCUAUCUAUCUAUCUAUCUAUCUAUCUAUCUAUCAGAAUCUGUUCAGUAUCUAUCUAUCUAUCUAUCUAUCUAUCUAUCGAAAUGGAUAAGUAAGAAUCUAUCUAUCUAUCUAUCUAUCUAUCUAUCUAUCUAUCUAUCUAUCUAUCUAUCUAUCUAUCUAUUCCGUCUUUUAUUUCGUUCGGUAUCUAUCUAUUCCUCUAUUACAGGCUAUUCAUAUCUAUCUAUCUAUCUAUCUAUCUAUCUAUCUAUCUAUCUAUCUAUCUAUCUCAGUCCGUUUUCAUCUAUCUAUCUAUCUAUCUAUCUAUCUAUCUAUCUAUCUAUCUAUCUAUCUCAGUCCGUUUUCAUCUAUCUAUCUAUCUAUCUAUCUAUCUCAGUCCGUUUUCAUCUAUCUAUCUAUCUAUCUAUCUAUCUAUCUAUCUAUCUAUCUAUCUAUCUAUCUAAUAAGAUAAAAACACGGAAGAGAUUAUAUGGAAGAAGCAUUAAAGAUCCUCUCUUUCUUCCUCCCUCAUUUUCUCUCUCCUUCUUUCUCUUUUACUCUUUUAUUGUUUUCUCUCUCUCUCUUAUAGUUUCAAUCUCUUUGUCCCUCUCUCUCUCUUAUUUUCUGCUAUUCUUGUUUGCCGUUGCUUUCAGCUUCGCUUUUGCAUACUACUUUCUAAGAGUCUCCACCAACCUUCGUUCUUUCUUUCUUUCUUUCUUUUUUCUUUCUUUUUUUCUUUCUUUCUUUCUUGCUUUCUUUCUUUUUCCUUUCUUUCAUUCUUUGUUUCUUUCUUAUUUUGUUCGUUCGUUCUAUCUUUCUUCCUUUCUUUCUUUCUUUUUUGCUUCUUUCUUCCUUUCUGUCUUUUUUUUCUUUCUUUCUUACUUUCGUUCUAUCUUUCCUUCUUUCUUUCGUUCUUUAUUUAUUUAUUUAUUUUUCUUUCUUUGUUUCUUUCUUUUUCCUUUCUUUCAUUCUUUCUUUCAUUCUUUCGUUCGUUCGUUCUAUCUUUCUUUCUUUCUUGCUUUCUUUCUUUCUUUCGUUCGUCCUUUCUUUCUUUCUUUUUUCUUUCAUCUUCUUUCUUUUCGUUUCGUUCUUUCUUUCUUUCGUUGCUACUUUCUUUCUUUCUUCAUAUCUUCUCUCUUCUUCUUUCAUCUCUCUUUCGCUCACUAUAUUUCUCUCUUUCUAUCUUCCUUUCUUGACCUCUCCCUUGAUAUCUUUUUCAAUUCCCAUCUUUUUCUCCCUAUUGUUUUUAGUCUUUUCAAAUCUCUUUCUAUCUCUUUAAAUUCGCAUUUUAUUCUUCAUUUUUGCAUCUUUCUCUCUUUUUCAAUCAUUUCAGCCUCCUUCUCUCUAUUUUCUCAUUAUUCCUCCCUCUAUGUUUCUUAUACUUUAUUCUCUCUGUUUCUCCCACUUUAUGCUCCCACCCCUUCCUCUCUUUCAACCUAUUCAUUUAUUCUUUUUCUUUCUUCUUCUUCUAUUUGUCUGUCUUUUUCUCGUUUUUCAUUUAUUUUUACUCUAUCUCUUUCUCUCUCUCUCUCUCUCUCUCUCUCUCUCUCUGGCUGCUUCUCAUUUUCUUCUCUAUCUUCUGUAAAUUUCUCUACUCCUUCUCCUUCUCGCUUCCUUCAAACGACUCCUAUUCUCUCUGCCUCUCUUUUUUUUAAUCUGUUUCUUUCAACCUCACAUUUUAAAAAUCUCCUUUUGCUAUUCCUUCUUUCUUUCUUUUCUUUCUUUCUUUUUCUCUCUCUUCCUUUCCUCCUCACCCUUUCAAUGUCUUUGUCACUCUCUCUCCCUUAUUUUCUGCUAUUCUUGUUUGCCGUUGCUUUCAGCUUCUCUUUUCCAUACUACUUUCUAACAGUCUCCUCCAACCUUCGUUCUUUCUUUCUUUCUUUCUUUCUUUCUUUCUUUCUUUCUUUCUUUCUUUCUUUCGUUCGUUCGUUCUUACUUUCUUUCUUUUUCCUUUAUUCCUUUCUUUCUUUCUUUCUUUCUUUCUUUCUUUCUUUUUCUCUCUCUUCCUUUCCUCCUCACCCGUUCACUCUCUCUCUUUCUUUCUUAGAUCCCAUUCUCACAUCUAGCCUCACUUUUUUCUUUCUGUCUUUUCCUCUCGCGUGA